GUUACCGCCCCCCCCCAACGGAAGUCGAUCUCGGCCGCGCGCAGCGCGCUCCCGCCCGCCCUCCCGGCCCAGCAUGCACCGCGAGCGCGAUCACGCGCGCCGCCUGCGCCAAGCGGUGCGAGCACCCAGGCUGGGACGGGGUGAAAUGGCCGCCUCCUCCUCAUCCUCUUCAGCCGGCGGAGUCAGUGGCAGCUCUGUGACAGGAUCCGGUUUCAGCGUCUCGGACCUGGCACCACCCCGAAAGGCCCUCUUCACCUACCCCAAGGGAGCCGGGGAGAUGCUGGAAGAUGGCUCGGAAAGAUUUCUCUGCGAGUCUGUCUUCAGCUAUCAGGUUGCAUCUACAUUAAAGCAAGUGAAACACGAUCAACAAGUUGCGCGGAUGGAAAAACUGGCCGGUCUGGUGGAGGAGCUGGAGGCAGAUGAGUGGAGGUACAAGCCAAUAGAGCAGCUGCUGGGAUUCACUCCCUCCUCGGGCUGAGCACGUCUGGAUCCCUGCUGCCGGAGAGCAGAAGGAAGGAGCUCUCUGGCCCAGCUUCAAAAUACACCACCAUCUAUCAGGGUAUUUACAGCUGUGUCAGCGGGAUUGGGCUGAAAGAAAGAAAGAAAGAAGGGGGGACGUAAAGCCGAGUGGCAGGGGAAGCAGCCCAGUAAGUUGGCCUGUCAUUUACCUCCUGUGUGCUGACCCAGGUUAUCUCCUGCCUGGGAAGUGUGUGUCUGUGCCACUCCAGCCCGGCCUCUGCUGGGCACUGCCAGGCUCUGCCAGCAAGGCUCCUUUCUUCGAGGAGCUGACAGGGUGAGCCCCAUCCUGCAGGGCUGUGUCCAGCGCUGCCUCCUGCAUUGCUGAAACCCUUUUCUUCCCAGCACUGUUUCCCUUUUGUCUGCACGGUGCUGGUGGCACAUCCCUCUUUAACGCAGAAGCUGUACCCUGAAUACACUGAAACCCUUCUCCUCCUUAUUACGUGUUAAAGUGCUCUGUGAUAAUAAAAUAAUUCUGCCUUUGAAA